CUCAACAGAGGGGGGCGGGGCAUUUUUUUUAAGGGAGAGAAGUGCUUGUCCAUUUACAUUCAUACGUGCAAGAAGACUGGAUUAAUGUUAUUUUUCUUAUGGACAAAUUUUAUACCGAGAAAAAGUUUUUCAGCGGGGAGGAUUUCUUAAGCCUGCCUCGGAGAAUUUGCCCACCUUGUCUGCAACAUUUUUGCCUUCCCCCACCCGUCCUCCUCCUUCUGAUACUACGGCACAAAGUGAACGUUGAUAUGCCACAUCAGUGAUGGAGCCCAUGACGGUUACUACGUCGGUGGCAGGACCAGAUGAGUUCGACCGCAAUGCUCCGCGGAUCUGUGGGGUGUGUGGCGAUAAGGCCACCGGCUUCCACUUCAACGCCAUGACCUGUGAGGGCUGCAAGGGCUUCUUCAGGCGCAGUAUGAAGCGUAAGGCCUCCUUUACUUGCCCUUUCAACGGAAGCUGUACCAUCACCAAAGACAACCGCCGUCACUGCCAGGCCUGUCGCCUCAAGCGCUGCAUUGACAUCGGCAUGAUGAAAGAGUUCAUCCUCACAGAUGAAGAGGUCCAGAGGAAGAAGGACAUGAUCAUGAAGAGGAAGGAGGAGGAGGCGGCCAAGGAAGCGUCCAAGCCUCGGCUUAAUGACGAGCAGGCCCAGAUCAUCACUUCAUUGGUGGAAGCUCAUCACAAGACUUAUGAUGCCUCCUAUGCAGACUUCUCACGCUUUAGGCCUCCUGUGCGUGAAGGUCCAGUAACGCGCAGUGCCAGCAGAGCGGCCUCUCUUCACUCUUUGUCUGAUGCCUCCUCUGACUCCUUCAAUCACUCGCCUGAGUCGGUGGACACUAAGAUGAACUUCAGCAACCUGCUAAUGAUGUACCAGGAUGGCGCCAGCAGCCCCGACUCCAGCGAGGAGGACACCAAGCUGUCCAUGCUGCCCCACCUGGCCGACUUGGUCUCCUACAGCAUCCAGAAGGUCAUAGGGUUCGCCAAGAUGAUCCCGGGCUUCAGAGAACUGACAGCAGAAGACCAAAUUGCUCUGUUGAAGUCGAGUGCCAUUGAGAUCAUUAUGCUGCGCUCCAAUCAGUCAUUCAGCCUGGAGGACAUGUCCUGGAGCUGUGGAGGACCUGACUUUAAAUACUGCAUCAGCGAUGUCACAAAGGCGGGCCACACUCUGGAGCUGUUGGAGCCGCUGGUGAAGUUCCAGGUGGGACUGAAGAAGCUGAAUCUGCACGAGGAGGAACACGUCCUGCUCAUGGCCAUCUGCCUGCUCUCCCCAGAUCGCCCCGGUGUGCAGGACCACGGCCGCAUUGAGCAGCUCCAGGACCGCCUGUCGGAGGCACUGCAGGCCUAUAUCCGAGUUAACCACCCGGGCGGACGCCUCCUCUACGCCAAGAUGAUCCAGAAGCUGGCCGACCUGCGCAGCCUCAACGAGGAGCACUCCAAGCAGUACCGCUCACUCUCUUUCCAGCCCGAGCAUAGCAUGCAGCUCACCCCGCUCGUGCUGGAAGUCUUUGGCAGCGAGGUGUCAUAGCAGGAGGCAACAGCAGCAAAAAAAUAAAAUAAAAAAAAAAAACCCUGCCACCACUCUCUCCCCAUAACACACCGCCGGAAAAAUACCCUGGCUUUGAUCAUAUGCCACACUUCUCCUCCUCCUCUGGAUCGCACUCGGAUAACAAGUUACCAUCUUCUUGGAUGGAUCAUCAUGGAUGGAAGUGACUCCCUUCAUCCUCGUGACAUUGCUCCAUUGGAAUAGAGUGUGCUUUUAUGUAUCGUCCAAACAAGCGUAGAAGAAGGCUUUGCAGGUCACAAACAAGAUUGACGUGGUGGGCCAAGGAGGGGGAAAAAGCACAGGAAAAGGAGAGCCUUACUACGGUUGUAAUUCCUUGCUCUCCGGGACAAAAGGGAAUUUUGCAGGAAUGUAUGUAUAAUGCUACAUAAAUGAAAUGUAUAAGCUGAAUUAGAAGAAGAUAUAUUCUAAAAAAAAAAUAUAUAUAUAUAUAUAUAUUUAAGAGAGAGUUGAGAGGAAGCAACGAGUUGUAGUGUCGAGGAAUUGAAGGCCGCUGCUUAGCUAUGAGUCAUCUUUAAAUUCUGACGUGUGUGUUUGUGUGUAAGAGGAGUCCUUGUGUGUGUGUGUGUGUGUGUGUGAGAGAGAGAGAGAGAGAGAGGGAGAGAGAGAGAGUAAUAACAAAUGGACCACAAGGGGGGUGUGAGGCCUCGGCGCAGGGAAGGAAAUAACUUCUCUGUUUUUAUUUUUUUGUUUUUCUGGACCUGUGAAGUUUGUCGACUGAUGACAUCACGUUUUGUCGGAUAAUGACUGGGACUAUCCGCCGUAUAUGUUGGGCUGCUAAAGAAGACAGCGACAAGAUAGUUUGCUUGCUGUUAUCUCAGGGAAAAAAAGUUUUGUCUGAUGACGACGAUGAUUUAUGAUAGUGUGAUGAUGGCGUGCGUGGCGUAAGCUAAUACAAUCAUAAGACGCUAGAUUGUUUUCAAAGCUCUCGGCAUCACUGUGAUUUAAUAGAAAGCAAUUAACGUAAGCUACUAAUUAGAGAACCACAUUUAAAGGUCAAAGGUAAAGUUUAUUUCCAUUAAUGCAUGAGCUAAAAGUGCGGCCCAUUUUUUGUGUUGGCCCUCUGAACCAUUACAAACGAUUUGCUUUGUCAUGUAUAACACAAAGCUGAGAUGUAGGCUGUUUGUUCUUUAAAAAUAUUUUGCAUAUUUGGAUCUGCGCUGAAUUGGUUUUAGGAUGUUAAGUUACCAAAAAAAGUGUCUCCCGCAUACUUAGUUUUUUCUGUAUGUGGCUCUUGGUGGAAAAAGUUUGGACAUCCCUGGUGUAAAAGCUACUUUUUACAAAUUUCUUUUAAAAACACCAUCAGUACAUAUCAGUGUUCUCAACACGGUGCGCAGGCCUACAGCUCCCCCUUGUGGACGAACUUUGUAAAUACCACUUGCUCAGUCUGGUUCUGUACAUAUUUAGAAUUUAAUGUAGGGAAACAAAAAAUACUAAGAGAAUUCAAGAUGCUUUAUGCAACAGGGACAUGUAUGUGUGGAUGGAGUGGACACCUAUGGUCAACAUCACUGACAUCUUCAUGUGUUGACAGCUAUUCAAGUAUGACUCAUUUUUGCGUUGUCACCACAAGGUGUCCUUUCCAUCCAUCCAUUCCAAGAUAAUUGAUUUUUUCCCGUCUCUUGGUAGUAAAUGAAUAAGCUUUUCAUUUUUGAUUUGGGUGCAAAUCUGUUGCUCCAAUAGGGAUUGUCUACCUUGUGCUUGGCUUGCUUAGCGAGGAGUACCCAGGAGACUGUUUUUUUUCAUGUUCCUUUGAUGUUGUUCCAACCAUAUUCCUCAGAAUCCUCCUGAACCACCUUAUCAACAAAACCUUAAGGGAAAGAGUGACACUUUGGCCAGGACACACACCGAACAGAGUGAUGGUCCACUCACACUGCCUCAGAAUGACUGUCACACAAUCAUUAGCCAAUGGCAAACCAGCAUGGGCGUGCCUCUUCAUCAUCAAGUAUCCUACUACUACUACUUCUACUACUACUACUACUACUACUGUUGCCUCAAUCAUCUCAGCUUUAACUCAACAGCCAACAAGGUUCUGCUUCUUCUUUGGUGCACCAAGGGCUGAUGGGAGCAGCUGCCGUGGACGUGCCGUUUAAGCCUGUGAAAGAGUGUUUUAAAUCCCACUCCCCUGCUAAACCAACAAGCAACAUGGACCUCCCUCAUGACUUUGUAUAGAGCCUUUAACAGGAAGGAUAUGCAGUGACUGAACCCAAAGUGGUCAACAUGACCUUUCUCACUACUCUGGCUCACUUUUGCAGACAUUCUACAAACAAAUGUUUGCCAUCAACAUCACCUGUUCUACUAAAAAAGGAAUUCUCGGGGCGGGCGACUCGGAGGACUGGAGAACGUUCAUAUUUUAGGGUUCUGAGGAUAAAGCCAAAUUGUGAUCUGUCUCUUUAAUACGAGUCUCCCGUCCCAUUCAGCCAGGUUUGCAGCUCCACCUCAGUCGCCUUACUUAAAGGGUGCUUGCACUCUAGUACACUUUGGUCCCUUUUUAAUUGGACUCUGGUUUGUUUUUUCCCCUUGGUGUGGUCCAUUCGUACUGUGUUGCAGGUGUCAAUGCAGUAAUUGAGCUCGGAAAUUGCCACAUUAGAGAUGUAAUGAUAUUUCCCAGUGCGCUUUCACACAACAUGGAAUCCCGCUGUCCCAUGACUACUUUGUAUCAUUGAUGUAUGCAGUGGUGGCGACAAUUAUUUUCAACAAGGGAUGGAAAAAAGAGUUUUCGGUGUUAGGCUUCACACUCCUGGACCAUUGCGGAACACUCUUUUACACAGUAGCUGUCCCGCCUCUCUUACUACUUCUGAAGUUGUAAAAUUGGCAGGUCAACUGAAAAAGACUACUUUUAGAAACUUUUAUGGGUAGUGUGAUGGGGCCCCAGAGGAACUCAAUUAAGAUUAACUUGCUCCGUUGUUGUUAGCGUUGUUUUUAGCAUCGACAAACAACUUGGUGAUUUUGUUUGGACCGCCGAUUGCGCUAGCGACACCUACAAGACUUGUGCUAUGAGCUAAACACACAUUAUGAUCGAUAAAGACGUGGAUUGGUCGUAAAUAUGCAAACUCUUCAACUUUAGAUUUGCCUAUUGCACAGUGUAUGCCUAUCUUAGUGGUCCUUCACGGUUUGCUCUGCUUAGCGUACCAUCAAAAGCUAAAUUGCUCAAUAUGUCUCACCUUUAAGGGCACUUGGCUUUUUGCUAGUGUACGAAACCUGCUAGAUUAUCCAUAUAAUCAACAAAUCACAGUUUUGCUUUGUGUUUUGUUCAUCAGAGCUGAUUAACUCGCGAGUCCCUCCAGAGAAGAGAACAAGCUCUAGUGUUUUGUGUUGGUGCAUUUUGAUUUGCUUUAAUGUUUGCAAAAGAACCAAAAUCCAAGGGAAAAAUGUCCACAAACUGGGACCAGAGAAAGUGUCCACUAGUUGUGAAAGCACCCUUCCAGAAACCUCACCCGCUAAUGGAAAUGGAUACCUCAAUCAUGUCAUGGAAUGACUUUUUCACAAUAGCCUUGAAGGGAACCAAACAUCAGCUCCUAAACCACACACACACACACACACACACACACACAUACUCCUUUAAAGGAGAAUUGCUGUACAGUAGUUGUGUCCCAAUGUCAGUAGACUGUUCGAUGUGUGAGUGGAUCCCAAUGUUUGGAUGUUCUUAUUUCUCUAUCAUCAAGUCUUUUGUCUGCAGCUUAGCUUUACUAGUUAGCGCAGCAUUAACCAAACAUACUACCUCUCCCUUCAGCACAUACAGUCAGUAUAUAUAUAACUCUUAUCUGUUAUUUUGUGUCCCAACACGAUUGUGUUUCCCCUUUUUUUAAUUUAACACUAACUGAAAGGAUUAAAAAAAAAAUGUACAGUCAUUUUCCUGGAUGAGAUUACCUCAACAUAUCUCCACAUAGGCCUACGGAAUAAGUCGAUCAUAAGCCUGUUUUUUUACAUUUUUGUGAUAUGUGAUUUAGAUGAUAGAUAAAAUGCACUUAAAACUGGAAUGAAGCGUCACCCCAAGGUUAUGUUAGCUGGUGGCCCCCAUAGAAGUUGGAUUGUAGUAUGAGGAGGUGUUUAAUUUUCACCAUAUGUACCAUAUGUACACACGAGUGAUAAUCAACAAUUCUAUUUUUAUUAUAUUUAUUCAAGCAAAGCUAAUCAAAGCCAGAAAUAAUUUUAAAAGUAGCGUUGGUAAAAAAUAAAUUAAACCUGAGCCUAUUCCAAGUCUGGAAUAGAGUGCUGUGGAGAAUUAGAAUACAAUUUUAAAAAAUCAAAUUAUGUAUAUUUUUUUAUGUAUUUAUUAAGUCUGUUAGAUCAGAGUAAGAUAAAUUCAGUACAUUAAAAAAUUUAAAUAAACAUUUUUUGGCCCCCCAUUUAUGAGUAAAGUAUAAGGGAGAGCCACUAUUAGGGCCACACUGAAAAGAGCAACCAAAAUCUCCUGGAAUAAUUUUUAAAACUUGGAAUAUUUUGAGUCAGGUUGUAUUUUCUUUCUUGAGAAAUUAAGAAUUGUAUUACAGUAAAGUCAAGAGUAUUCUCAAAAAAUAUGAGAAUAAAGUCAUAUUUUCCCCUGAAAACAUUGUACAAUUAUGAAAAUAAAGUAGUAAUUUUAGAGAGUUUAUUUACAUUGAAAAAAUGCAACUUUAUUUCUGUAAUAUUACGCAUAAUGUUUUUAGUGUAAUAUGACUUUUUUUCUAAUAACUUUCUAACUUUACUCCCAUAAUACUAGAGCUAAGUUUAUUGAUAAUUUUCAAGUUUUCUCGUAAUACAAUUUGUCUUUUUUUUUCCUCACAGUAAUAUGACUUCACUGUUGUACUGCACAUUUUUGUUGUAAUAUUUCAACUUAUCCUAUAGCAAUAUUACGACUUUAAUUGCAUACAAUUUAACAGUGAAUACAAUACUUGUCUUGUAAUAUUCUGACUACCCUACUAGCGGGACAUUAUUUUAGCAACAUUACGACUUGACGUCAUAUCAAAAGAAAUGAAAAACAAAUUCAGAUAUUUUGACUUCAUUUGCAUAAAAUGUGGAAUUUUGUUUGAGUAAUAUUGCAACUUUAUUCCGUCAGCAUUACGACUUUAUUCUUGUGGUAUUGUUUGUUUUCAGUGUGGCCAAAAUAUACAGACGAUUGUCAGGAAGUUGUUGAUGUGAAGGCACCACCCCCUUGGAGUAAGUCCACUUGUGUGUCACCGUGGAACCCAUUUAAGUCUACGCUCUUUACGUUGACCGACUCAUCAAGUCCUGGUCCCCAGUAUUCUUUUUAUUACUAAAAAAAAAGUGUCCACUUAAGCCAAAGUCGACAUUUUAGAUACGGUGUCAAAAACCUUGUGUCUCUGGCCAGAGUCACAAGCCAAUGUGCAAGCAAUGGCUAGUGUGGGUUUGGCUUAUGCUGACAACCGCCUAUGUUGGCAUAAGUCAGCCAAUUCGAGGGAUGUCGACUUAAACGGGUUCCACUGUAUUCAAAGAUGCAUUAGUUGUGUUUGGUCCUUUGGGUGUUUAUGGAAAAAAUCAGAACAAUGGAUGCCAAUACACUGAUGGACAGACUUACACAAAAGGGAACAUUAAUACGUCAUUAUUGAUGUAAUCAUUUAGAAACUGACUGUGUCGUAACUUUCUCAACAAGAUUGUAACAUUGGGAUCCUUUUUUUUUUUUUUUUUUUUAAGAUCACAAAGCUACAAUGAUGUUAAGGUUAUCUUAGCUCCUCCCACUCCAAGACCAACCACAACAGCAGCAGCAACAACACAGCAACUCUUUCAGCCUUCUCUGUCUUACACUUGUUAGCUGCUUGCUGCAGGAAUCCUUCACCUUUCUACUGUGAAUUACACACACACACACACACACAGACUUUAGUCAGCAUCACUAUUACAUCACAUGUUGCUCUCCUCAGGUUUAUUUGACACCUUCGGCCACCAAAUUCAUUACAUAAUCUUUUAAAGUACUAAUUUGUACUGUUGGUCCAAACUUCAAUUUGAACAAAUUCAUCACCAGUUUCAUUAGAGUGGCUGAGUUUCUCUGUCAUUAUGGCCACCAUUGGGUUUUCAGCUCAAUUUGGGUUUGUAUUGUCAGCAAGGGCACCGACUAACACCAAAUACUGUUGCAAUAGCUGGUCCGAAACGAAACUGCAAUUCACCAACUUGAACACUAGGUGAUUAAAAAAACUAAACCAACCACUUAUGUGACUUGAAUUAAUUUUCAGCUAUUAAUGAUAACUGGCACCUUACAUAAUAGAAAUGACAUCAAUAAUCUAUAAAGUCAAAGUAGUAUAAUUCAUGCGGUAGGUCCUUCCAGCAAUUAUUAAAAUUGAUCACCAUCUUACAUAAUAAAAAUUAACAGACUCAAAAUACGACAAAGGCUUGUGCACACACGUGCACAUGCACAACGUAAGUGUCAUUUAAUUAUGUGAUCAAUCCUCCUACCAGUUAUUACUCAUGACCACCACCUACCACACACACACACACACAAAAACACUCAAAACUAGUCUACAGUCAAAACCGGUAGGUUUGCUCACACGUGGGCGUGUUGUAGAAGUCAUGCCAGUUAUUAAUGAUAACUGACACAAUAGAAAUCAAAUUCCUUGGAACGAUUGUUGAUGCGCAUUGAAGUGCAUCUCAAUGAAUUACAAUCUUUGAAAAAUGUAUUUUAUCAGAACUUAUUUUCUGUAGAUUCACUACUACACUGCUUGAGCCUAUAAUUUACUUUUGUACAAUACUCUAAAUUAUUGAGAUGCACCAGUAUGUGUUGUAUAGUUAAUGCAAUCAGUCCUCCCAGUUAUUAAUAACCACCACCUUGCUCAAUACAAAUAAACAGAAGGACUCAAAAUAUCCACCAAAUGAAAGCCCACUGUACAUGUGCUCAUGCGUGAGCACAUGUACAACAUACAGUAGGCAUGUUCUGUCAUUAAUGGGAUUGAUCCGCCUGCUGUUUAUGCAUAACUGCCACCUUACAUCAUAGAAAUAAGCCACAAAUUGAGCAAAGUUGCCAUUAAAGCAGCUUUUAUUGUGUAAUUCUGAGAAAACGAUGCGAAUGGAGCGGCCACUGAUUUGUUUUUGAACCUGAGGAGAGAACAGAUUAGUUUUAGGAUGCGUUUCUUUCUUCCGCUACCUCUUUUUUGCUCAUGUACUUGUACAAGACACGAUCAAACUUACAGAUGUUGGACACCGUAAGAAAGAACACACUACCGUGUACUGUGUGUACUGUGUGUACUGCGUGUACUUGUUUCUCCUUCACCAGCAGUUCUUUGCCAGUGAUGCACUUCUGUAAAUGCUCCGUCUUGUGUGAUCUUCUAUUUGUCCUCCAUUUGUCAACAAUCUCAAAACGAUGCUAUUGCUCAGCCCAGUUGUACCUUGGUGUGCCUAGAACCCACAGCCUUAUUUUGGGACAAUAUCAGGGGUUUUAAUGCAGGACCAUCUUGUCUGUAGACACUUUCAUCACUUUCUUUACGUUCCUUCUCAAAUAUAAUCACUUCAGUAUGUCUGCAGCUUGAUUCUAUAUAUAUAUUUAAUUACCAGGAGGUCAUCAUUAAUCAGAACAACUGUAAACAAUAUUUACAUUUUCUUUAGUUGUAACAUUUUGGUAUAAAUGAAAUUGAUAAGCUCAGCAGACCGUGACCUCUGGUGAAAAUAAUAAAAAUGAUCAUUAAUAUUUAGUCCCAAGAUAAGUACCUUUUGAACACGUGAACGCCACCAUGCAGUAAAAAAAAAAAAACAGCAGACCUCAUCGCGUUCUCAUUUGUCAACAUCACACAGUUGCCAUGUCGUCACUCUAGAUGACGCGCUCUUCAACAAGGAGUACUGUUAUACAUACAGGAAGUCAACCGCUGUCUGUCCGUUUUUGUUGUUGUGCGUCGCCGUUUUUCUUUGUCUCUUCUCCUUCUUUCAUCCUUGCAGUUGAUCUAUUAUACUUUCAUUACAUGCAUUGUAUUUAGUUCUACAAAAAAAAAAAGUACUGGUGAUAAUAAUGUGUCGAGCAAAUCACAAAUAAAGCAGCUGUACAUAAUGAUGCAAACACAUUUGUUUAAGCUUUUUUUUAAACUAAUUAACAAAACAAGAUUGAACACGAUCACGUAAUUACAAUAUUCCACAUAAAACAAAUGUAAGACAUUGUUUGAUGUGCCAUGACAAGAACUAUAUUUCUACUUCUAAGCAUACUGUAUAUACAUGAUUAAAAUUAUUAAUUUUGCACAUGACACUAAUAAA